AUGGAUUUGCUCUCAGAAGAUCAGAUAUCCGAGUUUCAGGAAGCUUUCUGCCUCUUCGAUAAGGAUGGAGAUGGUUAGUUCUUCCUUCCCUCCUCUAUAAGUGGUAGGACUUUGGGUUCUUUUAUCGCUCAAUGUGGCCCCUCAAGUCUUCGGGUAUUCUGUUUUUCUUGCCUCCAUGGAUGGAAGUUUUCUCAUCUGUUCGCUGGUUUGGGUGUGUUUUCACGGCGGGGAUUGUUUGAUAGGUUGGCUUUUGCGGGGUUCAUGGGGGAAGGGAUAUGUGCUUCGAUGAGUGUCACUGCGCGCUCAUGUAGACUGCACGAGGGCUUGAACUGCGCCAACCCCCCCUCCUUUGAUGAUUUCUUUCCUCGUGUAUAUACGCCUUACUCCUCUUUGGAUUAAUGAAUAGAAAAGCCUGGUCGCUUGUGAAACCGAAAACUAGGGCUUGAAGAAGGAAGGGGACGAGGGCUCUCUCAAUCGAUUCUUCAUACUAUUGGGGGGUUAUUUGGGAUUCUGGUAGCCCAGGAUCUACUAUAUAGCACUGUAGACCUUGUUCAGGAGUUCGAAUUUCCGUCCAGAUGCAAGAAAUAUCAGAGAAUCGAUCAAAACGCUCCGAUGAGAGGAAAACGGUUCCUGAAUCCGACUGAAGCUGUGCCAUCUGACUCCCAUUCGAACUCCGCACGAGGACUUGUGAUUGGGGUCAAAGUCCGCCCGCAAUGUUUGACAGACCUAUUUAUUUUAAUAAAAUCCUUUCCUGGAGCAAGUUGCAGGAUGAUUCUCCGCCAUAGAUUGAGGGUGGGGAUGUCCACUGAUGGGGGGGUCGGUCGUCCGAUCGCUAGACUUGGGAAGGUCGUAUUUGUGAUGUCAAAUAUUUAUGCUCUCAUUAUUUUAUCCUCCCUACGAUUUUGUUUGAUUGCUAAGACCGCGAUCGGCAGACGACCCAUCGGUUUCCCAGCCCAAAGAUCUGAAAUUUCCCAAUGAGCACGAAUUUUCUAUCGUCCCAGCUUUGACUUGAUUGUCGUUCUCAUAGGCUGCAUCACGCUUGAAGAGCUCGGCACCGUCAUCCGCUCGUUGGGUCAGACCCCGACCGAAGAAGAGCUGCAGGACAUGAUCCGAGAAGUCGACGUGGACGGAAACGGGACCAUCGAAUUCGGGGAAUUUCUUAACCUCAUGGCGAGGAAGAUGAAGGUAAUUGCUUUAUACGCCCUCGGCAAGGAACGCAGUGGGAUGCGCUACUGUAACUUUAUGUCCAUGGUCUGCACUGGUUUUUUCAGGAGACAGACGCCGAGGAAGAGUUGAAGGAGGCCUUCAAGGUGUUCGACAAGGACCAGAAUGGUUUCAUCUCGGCCAGCGAGGUAAGACCGAUCCUCGGUCCGGUCGGCUAUGUGCCAUUGCACCGAGCCCGAGUUCCUACCGAUUAUCCUGGAGAAGAAGCUCCAUAGGCAAGCUUUAACAAGGCUUCCUUGACUGCAGCUGAGGAAUGUGAUGAUCAAUCUCGGGGAGAAGCUGACCGAUGAGGAGGUGGAGCAGAUGAUACGGGAGGCCGACAUGGACGGAGAUGGCCAGGUGAACUUCGAGGAGUUCGUCAGGAUGAUGAUGGCCGGCUGA